AUGCAGCAGGAGCUUUUAUUUAAAGUCCUGGUCAUCGGGGACUUGGGAGUCGGAAAAACGUCCAUCAUCAAGCGGUACGUCCAUCAGAUCUUCUCCCAGCACUACAGAGCCACCAUCGGGGUGGACUUCGCCCUGAAGGUGCUGCAGUGGAACAAUGACACUGUGAUCCGGCUACAGCUGUGGGACAUAGCAGGACAGGAGCGGUAUGGGAACAUGACUCGUGUCUAUUACCGGGAGGCGGUGGGAGCACUGGUGGUGUUUGAUGUAACAAGGGCCUCCACGUUCGAUGCCGUGCUGAAGUGGAAGGAUGACCUGGACUCCAAGGUGACUCUGAACCAUGGCAGGCCAGUUCCAGCUGUACUCUUGGCCAACAAGUCAGACCAGCUGGGUUCUCAGCAGCCAAAACUCGACUCCUUCUGCAGGGAGAACGGCUUUGUUGGCUGGUUCGAGACCUCUGCAAAGGAGAACACAAACAUCGAGGAGGCAGCACGCUGCUUGGUAGAGCACAUCCUGAACAAUGAGGAGAGCCCGGUGGUAGAACGAGACCCCGGCUCCCUCGUCCUGUCUGGAUACUCUAACACCGCAAAGGAUCAUCUCAACUGCUCGUCAUGUGUGAAAUGGUGAC